CUCUUGAAUGUGCUGCAGCCGCGGUGGGCGGUGAGAGCGAGACGGUGAGCAGUUUGAACCGAGCCGAGGCGGAAAUAUUGAAAUUGUUUGUAGACAACGUGAAAUUGAGCCGCUCCGUCCACAAACACGGUGUUUCUGUACCGUAGCCGGACCUAAAGAGUGAGAACGGCAGGUUUUUCUGACCGUUUUCCGACUCUGGCUGCGUGAAGCCGGCUGAAAGUGAAGCGGCUCCCUCCUCUUGAGCUAACCGCUAACUAGCCGCUGAGCUAACGUCCCAGCUAGCCGCGGCUAAUCCCCAACAAACAAAGGACGACUUUGCCGGUGUUCGCCGUACCUAUCCCAAAUCGCCCCGUUGAAUGAGGACGGAGCCUCCUGGACAGGUUCGUCAUGGUGCUGACAGGGAAGCGCUCGGAGAAAGGUCCGGCCUGCUGGAAGAGGAGGGUGAAGUCCGAGUACAUGAGGCUUCGGCAGCUGAAACGCUUCAGACGAGCCGAUGAGGUCAAGAGCAUGUUCAACACCAACCGCCAGAAAAUCAUGGAGCGAACUGACAUCCUGAACCAGGAGUGGAAGACCAGGCGGAUCCAGCCGGUUCACAUCAUGACGUCCGUCAGCUCCCUGAGAGGAACCCGAGAGUGCACCGUGGACAGCGGCUUCUCCGAGUUCUCCAAGCAGGUCAUCCCCCUGAAGACUCUGAACGCCGUGGCCUCGGUCCCCGUCAUGUACUCCUGGUCCCCGCUGCAGCAGAACUUCAUGGUGGAGGACGAGACGGUGCUUCAUAACAUUCCCUACAUGGGGGACGAGAUCCUGGACCAGGACGGCACUUUUAUAGAGGAGCUCAUCAAGAACUACGACGGCAAAGUCCACGGAGACAGAGAGUGCGGCUUCAUCAACGACGAGAUCUUCGUGGAGCUGGUCAGCGCUCUGGCACAGUACAGCGACAACGAGGAUGACGAGGAGGAGGAAGAGCAGGACUUCAAGGUGGACAAGAUGGAGCUCUGUGACGGCAAGGACCACCCAGAGGACCCCCGCAAGGACGGCCUGGCCAACAGCGACGGCCGAACCAACAGCGAUGCCAGCAAGAAGUUUCCCUCCGACAAGAUCUUUGAAGCCAUCUCCUCCAUGUUCCCCGACAAAGGUUCCACCGAGGAGCUCAAGGAGAAGUACAAGGAGCUGACGGAGCAGCAGCUGCCCGGAGCGCUGCCUCCUGAAUGCACGCCGAACAUCGACGGUCCGAACGCUCGCUCUGUGCAGCGUGAGCAGAGUCUGCACUCCUUCCACACCUUGUUCUGCAGACGCUGCUUCAAAUACGACUGCUUCCUCCACCCUUUCCAUGCGACUCCAAACACCUACAAGCGUAAGAACCUGGAGAACCUGGUGGACAGUAAGCCCUGCGGCAUCGACUGCUACAUGUACCUGGUGCAGGAUGGGAUGGUGAGGGAGUAUCCGGCCGGCGUCGUCGCUGAACGCGCUAAGACGCCCUCCAAACGCACGGCGGGCCGUCGCCGUGGACGACUCCCCAACAGCAACAGCCGGCCCAGCACCCCCACCGUUUCCUCGGAAACCAAAGACACGGACAGCGACCGGGAGGGCAGCAAGGAGGACGAGCGGGACAACGACAAGGACGACGAGGACAAGAAGGACGAGACGACCAGCAGCUCAGAGGGAAACUCUCGGUGUCAGACUCCGGUGAAGAUGAAGCUCAGCGGUGAAGCCGAAGCGGUGGACUGGAGCGGCGCCGAGGCUUCUCUCUUUAGGGUUCUCAUCGGGACGUACUACGACAACUACUGCGCCAUCGCCAGACUCAUCGGCACCAAGAGCUGCAGACAGGUCUACGAGUUCAGGGUGAAGGAGUCGAGCAUCAUCGCUCGAGCUCCGGCCGAAGACGAGGACACGCCGCCGAGGAAGAAGAAGAGGAAACACAGACUGUGGGCCACUCACUGCAGGAAGAUCCAGCUGAAGAAAGACGGCUCGUCCAAUCACGUCUACAACUACCAGCCAUGUGACCACCCCCGGCAGCCGUGCGACUCCUCGUGUCCGUGCGUCACCGCCCAGAACUUCUGCGAGAAGUUCUGCCAGUGCAGCUCCGAGUGUCAGAACCGCUUCCCGGGUUGCCGGUGCAAAGCCCAGUGCAACACCAAGCAGUGCCCGUGCUACCUGGCGGUCCGAGAAUGCGACCCGGACCUGUGUCUGACCUGCGGCGCCGCGGAUCACUGGGACAGCAAGAACGUGUCCUGCAAGAACUGCUCCAUCCAGAGAGGAGCCAAGAAGCACCUGCUGCUGGCUCCGUCGGACGUGGCCGGUUGGGGAAUCUUCAUCAAAGAGCCGGUGCAGAAGAACGAGUUCAUCUCCGAGUACUGUGGAGAGAUAAUCUCCCAGGACGAAGCCGACCGCAGAGGGAAGGUCUACGACAAAUACAUGUGCAGCUUCCUCUUCAAUCUCAACAACGACUUUGUCGUCGACGCCACGAGGAAAGGCAACAAGAUCCGCUUCGCCAACCACUCCGUCAACCCCAACUGCUAUGCAAAAGUGAUGAUGGUGAACGGAGACCACAGGAUAGGGAUCUUUGCCAAGAGAGCCAUCCAGACCGGAGAGGAGCUCUUCUUCGACUACAGGUACAGCCAGGCGGACGCUCUGAAGUACGUCGGGAUCGAGCGGGAGAUGGAGAUCGCCUGAUCCGGACUUCUACCUCCUGCUGACCGACGACACAAAGGCCUUACACACCGACACAAACAAAAAAACACGCCCUCACUUCAGGAAAUCCAGACAACUUGUCGAAUCGCUAGAAAGCUUCAGGAAAACUGGGAAUAUUUGAGUUUUUUGUCGCCUUCUUUUUCUCUUUUUUUGAUACCUUUCAUAUCCGUUUUUAAGUUCUCUUCUUCCUCUUCUGUCGGGAGUUCGGGAUUCAUAAAUCUUCCCUCUGCUGAAGGUGCAGAUCGCCUCCAAACUGACUUCUGUGUGCGUUUUUAAAAAUAUCUCCACAUGAGGAGUCCUGCAGCGACCGGAGAAAACAAACCGAAGCUUCAGGGACCAAAACUCCUCCACCAGCUGCUGUUUGUGCUCCUCCUCCGCCGUGGUUGUUGUUGUUGUUUUUUGUUUGUUUGUUUUGACUGGACACAAACUCCUCAGAGUCGCUGUCAGUCUGUAGAACACGAGGACGAAGCAGCGCCACAACAACAAGCAAAACAUUGAGUUCAUCUGGAUUUAGUCUGGAUUAAAGGCAAACAGAAAAAACGCUCAAAAUGAGAAGAUCUGGCUGUUAGUUUAAGUAACCCGCAGCUAGUUUAAACAUCGAUUCAAUUUUUUAGUGGAAAAAAGUCAGUUUUGUGGUUUUAGCCACUUAAAUGAGAAUAUUUUCUUUUUUUCUGCCUUUAUGACAGAAAACUGAAUGAACUGACGUUUAUUUACGGCUCUGAAAAGGAAAAACUCCACGUUUCUUGUUAAAUUCAAUAAAAUUUUACCGUAACGUGAAACGAGUCGCGUUUAAACAAGAUAAAUAAGAUUUUAUUAUAACAGGAGAAGUUUCUUGCUCCAGCCGGAUCAGUUUGUUGUAACGUGAAAAUAUCUCGUUAAAACCUUAAGAACGUGGAACUUAUUAGUUUUCCUUGUUCAGGUUGUCAAAGUUGCUCCAGAAAACCAAUUGUAGGCCUCGUUUCUGCUCAGAAUCGCAGCUAAAUUUUAGUUUUUACAUCCAAAUUUAAUGCGACACGAGACGACGACACGUACAGACGUUAAGUUACGGCUCAGGAAAGAAAAACGUGAAAAUAUCUCCUCAAAACCUGAAGCUUUCCAUGUUAAUAUUGUGAAAUCGAGUCAUUUUUACUUCAUCUAGUUGUCAGAAAACUAAUUCCAAGCCUCGUUUUUGCUCAAAAUUGCAGCGAAGUUUAAAUUUUUACGUCCGAAUUUAAUGCAACACGAGACGACGACGACGCGUACGGACGUUCAUUUACGGCUGCGUUUUCUUCAGAUCUGCCUUAAAACUAUUUAAAUUAUUGUGUUAUAACGUUUAAAGGAGAUAAAUAAGAUUUUGUUUGAACGUAAAAAUAUCGUAACGUAAAAAUAUCUCGUUAAAAUCUGAAACUUUGCAUGUUAAUAAUGCAAAACUAAAUUUUUUUUGCUCAUUCUCCUCGUCAGAAAACGAAUUUCUGGUCUCAUUUUUGCUUGGUGUAAUUUUUAGUUUUUACGUACGAAUUUAUUUCAACACGAGACGACGACACGUACGGACGUUUAUUUACGGCUCAGGAAAGAAAAACGUGAAAAUAUCUCCUCAAAACCUGAAGCUUUCCGUGUUAAUAUUGUGAAAUGGAGUCAUUUUUACUUCAUCUAGUUGUCAGAAAACUAAUCUUAAGCCUCGUUUUUGCUCAAAACCACGUUUUCCGAAUUUAACGUGACGCUAGACGGCGACACGUACAGAUGUUUUACGGCUCAGGAAAGAGAAACGUGGAAAAUUUCUCAAUAAAGCAAGAUUUUUUUCAUUAUUGCAGUAAAAUAACAGCAGAAUCUGUUUCAAUCCAGCUCAGUAAAUAAUUUCUCAUUUAAUUAAACUUUGCAGGCUGAAGUGUGAAGCUGAUGCUUUUUUUUAACCUUUUCUGGUUGUCAGAAAACAAAUUUUAGGCUUCGUUUUUGCUCAAAAUUGCAGCGAAACUUAAAUUUUUACGUCCGAAUUUAAUGCGACACGAGCUGACGACACGUACGGACGUUUGUUUACGACUCAGGAAAUAAAAACGUGAAUCUCUCUCAUUAAAAACUGAAGCUUUCCACACUAAAACUGAUUUGUUUUUUAUGUUUUCUGGUUGUCAGGUCUUAAAGUUUCAAUCCUCAGACAAAACUGCAAACAUUCUGUCAGAAAUGCAGAAGAAAUCGCCAGCGGACACAACGUUGUUGUUGUUGUUGUUGUUGACGCUGCUUCGUUGCUCCUGCUUCGGGUGCUAAACGUGAACCAACACAAAAACCAGCACAAACUCUCGGAUCCUUCGUUACAAACCAGAACCAAAGUUUUCCCAGAAUCCCUCAGCAGCAGCAGCUUCUAUUUAACGUUUUGUUUUGGAUCCCGCUUCGUUUUCAGAGCCCGAGUUUGUACUUUUAUUUUGAAUUUCUGAAGAAUCUGAGCUCAGAUUAACAUUUGUUUUGUUGGAAUUUAAGUCCAAAACCAUAAAAUCAGCUCAUAGUUGGAUUAAUUGGUCUGUUUUCAACAGAAAUUCUCUGAUUCUAGUUCCUAAAAGUUGAAUAUUUUCAAGUUUUUCUGCUUUUAUGCUAGAAAACUGAAUAUUUUGGGGUUUAUGGACAAAAAAAAUCCACAAUUUUCACCAUUUUCACCAUUUUUCUAGGCCAAACUGUUUAUCGUUAAUUAUCGCAUCUCUACGGUCCGUUUCCUUCCAGCUGUCAACUGGAGUUAACCAGCAGCUGCUUUGAUAUUUGAUUUUAUUUAAUUUUUCAGGAAAAAUUUCUAAAUUUUCUGAUUCCAGCUUCUUAAAGUUGAAUAUUUUCAGUUUUUUUCUGCUUUUAUGACAGAAAACUGAAUAUUUUUGAAAACAAUCAACAUUUUUUUGACACAACUCCAAAUCUUCCUCAUUCAGGACCUGCAGCUCUGCAGUUAUUUGGAUCAAAGCGCCUCAGUUUGGCUGAAUUUACGUCUGAAUUUAAGCAGCUCUUCUGUGUGACGGUCUGCUGGGGAAGCUUUGGUGAAUCGGGCGUUUAGUGUGAACCUCCUGCUGUGCCUUGAGUCCUGAACAGAACAAAUCAGCGUCUUUGUUGGAUUCGAGGCGGUUCUAACUCCUGUGUGACGUCGUUGAAGCUCGGCUCGCUGCACUGCCUCGUCCUCGUGACGUCCAAUCAGAUUCCAGAGCGACGACCACCUUCCUUCCCAUCCUGGUGCUCAAAGACUCGGCCCAAAGUCUGGCUCGCUGUAAGCAAUACUCGGUUCUCCUCCAGCUGGACGUUUGUCACGCCGUCGAUGGAUGAAACUUCAGGUGCUUCGGUCUCCGCGGGGUUCCUUCAGGGACCUUCAGGGUUCUUCUGGUUGAACACGACAAACCCGCUGGAGCCUUCUCAUGAAGUCUGAAGCAGCUUUUUAUUCCUGGAUGCUGGUUGUGGACUGAGGAACAAAAAAAACCUUCAAAUGUGCUUCAAGAACUCUCAGGAGGAGAUUUAAGGAGUUACCUGGUCCUCCAUCACCUCAGACUGCAGCUUAUUUAUGGUUUCUGCUGCUCUUCUUCUCCUACGACUUCAUCUUCUACCUCUUGUUCUUCUACUACAACUUCUAACUUUUCCUUGUUCUUCUUCCACCUUCUCCUUCUAUUAUUUCUCCUCCUCCUCGUUCUUCACCAUCUCCUCCUUCCUGUCAGACCAGGUCCACUCUUUCCUCCGAUGACACAGGUGCUGUUUUUGUAAUGUUUACAGGGAUUUUGUUGUUUCAAAGUGAUGCAGAUUAAAAUAUUCUAAAUGUUGGAA